AUGGCUGAUGUUUUUGCGAACCUUCAAAGCUAUAUUUCAUCACUGAAGAUCGUUUUGUACGAACUCGGAAAAUCUGAGAUCUUGCUUGCAUGGAUAAUGGUCGAUAUGAGAAAAACUCGUCUCUUCCCUCUUGUAUGUCUCUUUGAAGGAGAGACUUGCAACAUGCCUGCUUGGGCGCUUAAAACCCAAAGGCCUUCGCAUGAAAUGCUGAGGACACCAGACGCGAUUGUUUAUGCUUUUAUUUCGAGUGCUGAAGAGAUCAGACGCGUGAUUGUUUAUAUCAGAUCUACCCUUUCCUCUAGCUACAAGUUUAUGAAUUCAUCCAGUCACUUCCUACGCAUUGAUGAUUUCUAUAUUAACAAUUCACACACGCUGAUUUAUGGAAUUGUUUAUAUGUUCAAAACAUUCGACUUAGCUAGGAUUGCGAUUUACGCAUGCGAGGAGCUUGCUUUCCUGAAAAGACGAGAUAAAGGCAAUGGACUUCGCGUAUGCGUUCAGAUGAACUUUUGGGAACGAUGCAAUCCGAUCUAUCAUUUUCUCUAUCUUUUCUCUUCUCAAGAUUUGAAGAUUGUAUACGGUGACCAUUGA